AUGGGGGCCCUCAGAGCAGCCAUCGCUUCCGGGAUUUUUCUGGCUCCAACACUAGCUAAUCACCUAUAUAUUCCUCCAGUCUAUCACAAUGGCAGUGUCGAGGUUGAGGACCUUUCUGGUCCCGGCAACCUGGACGGGUUUAAGAUGACAACGCCAGCGAACAGAAGUUCAUUUGACUUUUGGUAUUUUGAUGCCUUUUCUAGAACCACCAGCGCGGCCAUCAACAUCGUCUUUUUCAACACGGGUGAUUUUGCUGCAAACCCGCAUCCCUUGACGGUGCAAAUCUCUGGCACCUUCGACAAUGGUACCCAAUUCGCCGGAGAGGUCCUGGCGUCCGGAGGCGCUGUUAUCACCAAUGAUGAGACUGGAGGUACCGGAAACUGGCUCGGCUCAGGGGCCAGCUUCCACGGUACCAGCCUGGAGAAGCCCAACGUCGAGUACGUGAUUAAGCUCAACUCACCCAACAUCGGGGUGGGAGGCACGGUGAAGUUGACAUCCCGCGCACCACCCCACUACCCCUGCAACCCAAACUCCGAUGGUCUAAACACUCUCCUCUUGCCCCAUCUUCACUGGUCCAACGCUGUUCCCGAUGCCCAGGCGGAUAUCGAUCUCACCAUCAACGGUACCGAAUUCAAUGUGGCCGACGGCAUUGGAUACCACGAUACGAACUGGGGCGACGCAUCUGUCAUCACCAGUCCCAAAUACUGGGAUUGGGGGCAUGCACGGCUAGGCCCCUACUCGCUGGUGUGGUAUGACCUCCUCGACUACAAUGAUACCGAGCAUGUCUAUGCUUAUAUCUCCAAGAAUGGUCAAUUCAUGCACAUCAAUUGCGCCGAGAAGGCUGUCGAAGUGCGCCAGUGGGGUCCUAAUGCCACAUACCCACCACCAGUGGCAUUGCCGCCAACGAAGGUCUGA